AUGUCGUACACUCAACGGACUCCUCUAUUGGGGUCUUCAAAAGAUAUUAACUAUGCCACCGUUAAGCCUAUGUUAAGCAAUGAUACUUUUGUAAAGAAGCAGCUAGCUGAAAUUUCGGACAGUGAGGAUCACGUUAUUGAUAUCGAGAGAAUAGCCAAAUUGCAGGAGAGAAUUUCGCCUACUACGACGUGUUCUUACGGUAGCAAUUGCGGUGUAUAUUUCUGCGAUUAUUGUGCGCGGAACGGAUUGGAGCACUCCCCAGACCCAGAAGUGGAUGAGCGUAACCUUUGGUCGCACUGGUCGAAAGAAAUGCCCGACCUCGAUACCAGUGAUAGCAUGGCAGCGGAGUGCCUGGUUCCUGCUGCUAGCACGGCGGCGCAGCAGCAGCAGCAGCAGCCGGACUCUUUCGCAUGGAACUCAUGCGGUCACUAUGAUGACCAGAAAAGAAUUGAAAUUAGAGAGGAAGCACUCGAAGUCGGCCUCUUGCAAUGCAAGCUGCUAAUCAAUCAAUUCGAGGUCUUUCUCGAUAAUGCUCGCUUGGAUAGCGAAUUAGCUUCGAACAUGCUAGGGCUUGAAUCCCUUGAGAAAUGGAUUCAAGACUGCAAGGAUCUGAUGAAGCUUCACAAGAAAUUCCAAGUACUCGUCGGUGUCGCAGGACCAACUGGCAGCGGGAAGACGUCGGCUCUUAAUGCUCUUCUCGGAUACAAUGAGCUCCUACCAACUAAUAACCAAGAAGCUGCUACUGCCGUACCUUGCAAGGUAUCCUAUAAUCAUGACGAUAAACCUAGCAUGAAAUUUAGGGCAUGUGUCACUUUUCGUACUAAGACAGCCCUGGUGAAGCAGCUGGACCGGUUCUUCGAGGACCUGAAGGGUAGGAAUGAAUUACGAGCGAUAAAUAACAAGUCACCUGAGGACCACGAAGAACUUCGAAAUGCGAACUCCAAUCUAAAGCCGACCCUGGAGAUGAUCAGAACGGUCUUUGGUAUCGAGGAGCGCGAUGUCACUAAUAUGACAACCCAGGACCUUCUUGAGCUGAAUAAGAGCGUCCCCAAACUCCUUGGUUCAACUAAGAAAUUCCACAGUGGCCAUGAAGACCAGCUGGCAGAUCAGAUAAAACCAUAUAUGGACUCGACUACGGCUAAACAUACGAAGUUGGGUUCGGAGUUCGCGGCUUGGCCGCUAAUAGAUGAAGUAGAAUUAUACGUUAAGUCCGACAUCCUCAAAAACGGUGUCGUUUUAGUCGAUCUCCCUGGAGUCGCCGACUCGGUAGAGAGUCGGGCUGCUAUCGCUGAGGCAUAUUUCCCCAAGUUGGUUGCUACUCUCAUCGUGUCUCCCGCUCGCAGGGCAGCGGAUGAGUCUACCGCGGUGAAGCUGAUGUCGGAUCAUCAGCAAUUACGCUUGAAGAUGGAUGGUAAAUUCAAUAAGCGCAGCUUCUGUAUCGCGGUUUCGCAGACAGACCAUAUUGACCGCAGAUCAGCCGUCAGAAGUCGAGAGGCUAGGUCAAAUCCUAAAUUGCAAGAUCUCAUCAAGGUAGAGAAUAGUACGAAGCUAAAGAAGCAAGAAAAAGAGAACCAGUUGAAGGAAGCUCGUAAGCUGCUCCGUGCUGCUGAGAGAGCCACAGCAUCAAAGAAAUCCCAAGUGUCAAAGAAAUCCCAAGCGUCAAAGAAAUCCCAAGCACCAAAGAAAUCCCAAGCACCAAAGAAAUCCCAAAAUAUUGCCCGCAGGACGUUGAAUAAACCCCAGGUAUCGAAGUAUAGCGAUCAGACAAAAAAACAGAUAGGGAAUAGUGCAGUACUCAAAAAGGAGAUUGGUGAAUUGGCAGAGAAGCUGGACGACUUAGAUGGCCAUAUUACUUUCCUCUGUGUCCGAAGCAGAAACAAGUUCCUCGAGAAUCGUAUACAGCAUGAUUUCCGAAGAAGACAGGCGGGCACUGUUAACGGUGAACAGAAAGUUGCCAAGGAUAUAUGCGAUGGUAGAGUUUCCGUUUGCCCGAUCAGUGCGAAGGCAUUUUGGGAGUGCAAGUUGAGCGACAAGCCUAUAGCCGGAUUUCCGGAUGAGCACUACUCGGGAAUCCCAAGCCUUAAUCAAUGGAUUAGAAAGGCCACCGUCAAAGAACGAGAGAGUCACGCCAACAGCAUCCUGUAUGACCUACUUAACCACUUCAAUGUGAUUCAGACCUGGGCAAGGGAAGAAUGGGGUCAUGAUCGACUUCAAAUUGAUAGGGAAUGGCUGGAAAACGAUGUAUUCCCAAAUCUUUAUAACGUCAUGAAAGAGGAGCUGAAUAAAUAUUGGGUAGAGCUAAACAAAUCCGUCAAGAAAUAUAAUCCGCUCCACGAUAGAAAGAAGUCACUUGAAAACUGCACAGGGGAAUGUCGCAAUGUUGUACAGAACUGGUCAUUCAAGGAUCCCAGCGAUGAUGCCGCGACAGCCAAGAUACAUUGGCUCACAUAUCAGGCCAAUAUUAGCAGAGAAGGGGGUAACUUUGUGAGCAAGUCCGGCGAUGAAAGUAUUAGCUACAACUGGAUGGAAGAUAUCUCGGAUGUCUUGCUUAGGACCAUUGUGGCCGACUGGAACCAAGCUCUGAACCAUGAUAUUCCUGCACUUUAUGAACCAGCUUGCAAGAUUAUCAACCUCACAUGGGAGCGCUUCCUGGCACAAUUGCGGUUUGGCGUUAAGGAGGUCGCCCCUGAACUUUCGCCGUUCCUUGAUAAGAUCAUGUCAGAUAUUGACAUAAUAAAGGAGCAAAUUAAGGAUAGGGUACGACAGGCUCUAACGAGCAUUUCGAAGGAUGCGUCUGAAGUUCAUCCAGACAUGGGCUCUUUCAAUGCGCGACAGGGACUUCUGCUUGAAUUUGCGGACAAGAGUGGUACCAAGAUGUUCAACGCUGCCUUCGAAGACACGAAGAAAAAGCUUACGGAGAACUUUGAUCGACUCCCAAGCAACCUCAACAAUAUAUCCACGUUCGCGGUCCAAUCAGUCCAAGAUCAUAUCAAGGCGCUCUUGGAUAGUGUCGCCUUACCCGACGUAAAGGUAGAGGAGGCAUUUAAAGAGAAGGCUGAACUGCAGCGGUUCGUGCGCAGCACUCUCAUGCAGUGGGAUCUUAAAUGGAAGCUUCCCGGAACGAUUCGGAACCUCCAUAUGAAUGACGAGGAAGUUUCUAUUCCUGAUGAGUACUGCACUAAAGAAGGUGAAGUUGAAGAUGAUACGGGAGAUGAGGACGAGAUGGAUAUAGAUGAGCCGCUUGUUAGAUGA